GUACUGCAGAUGAUUGUUGCUCCUAUUCUCCUGAUUUUUGCACUGGAAGUUCGGGCUGAAACAGGCAAUGGAAGUUGUAAGGACAUGAUGCAGGGUUAUCUGACAGGACAACUGUCUUCUGCUCUAGGAGCAUAUCAAGUAGAGGCUUUGAAGCGGGAAUUCAAAAGUUUUACUGAUCAAAUUGAAAAAUCAUUGAAAACGAUUCAAGAAAAAAUAGAGGUUGAUGCACAAAAAAUGCAAGAAACAAAAAAUAGUAGCGUUGUUUACACAAGAUGGGGAAAGAAAACAUGUCAUUCGGAUGCUGAGUUAGUUAUAUCAGGUUUCACUGGUGGUUCAUGGUAUAAUCAUAAAGGUGCAGCAGUUGAUCUUCUGUGUUUACCAAGAGAUCCAGAGUGGGGGACUUAUAGUGAUGGAACUGAUGAAGGCAGAGCUCUUGUUUAUGGCGCGGAAUACGAAACACACAACUCUCCCGGUUACCUACACACAUUCUAUGAUCAUGAUGUACCCUGUGCUGUUUGCCUUCUUAGAAAUAGAUAUGUCGUCAAAAUGUUUCCCGCCAGAAAAACGUGUUACAAAGGAUGGAAGUUAGAGUACCAUGGUUACCUAAUGGCUGGAUAUUAUGGUCAUGCAGCUGGUUCAAUGUAUACAUGUGUUGACGAACAUCCAGAUACCUUACAUGGAGGUCAUUCUAGUAAAGACGGUAGACUGUUUUAUUCCGUAGAGGCUCGUUGUGGCUCCUUAAAGUGUCCACCCUACGUUGAGGGAAGAGAAUUAGUGUGUGCUGUUUGUUCCAAAGAAUAA